GCGGAGUAAGAACAUCGAAACUGCUCCCUAACUCUCUGGUCUUCUCUGCUUUGCACCAAAGUACGAGUCGUAAACAGGUGAAACUUGAACUGAAGAAAGGCGUGUUGUUUACUGUUGUUACCUCGUGUUCAAGAAAACAAAAAAAAGUGGGCAGGAGAUCCCUUUCGAAACGCUUUCUAUUCGAUCUGAGAAUUGCGAAAACAACUCCAAAUUCCUCAAAUUCUGGAUUUGUAGACUCUAUUGCUGGUGUCUAGAUAUGAAGAUGAGUAUGCAGUGAAGUUUUCACUAAUUGAAGGCUACUAACCCUUAUUUCGGUUGGGGCAAUUUUGUUUUUGAAGCAGAAUGGUUAUUCAUAUUUCUACAAGGAAUUGUGCAUAAUAAAUCACGCCAGGAGGCUGAGGGUAUUGAUAAACCUGAAAGAACUUGUAUUUGUCUCAAGGAAAGAUGCAGAAUCAGGAAGGGGUGGUAGCUGAUGGAGAAAAGGAGUCCUCUGUAUCCAUUCCUGUAUCUGAAUUUGAUGAUUGGGCAAAAUUUGCAGAUGAUGAUAUCAUGCAGCAACAAUCUGCCUUUCAUGCUGAGGAAGCCAAGAAAGUUCCAUUUGUAGGUGACAAGGAACCUCUCACUAUGUUGGCAGCUGAAUAUGAAUCAGGAAGCCCUAUCUUGCUAGAGAAAAUAAAGGUGCUUGGUCAACAAUAUGCUGCCAUUAGAAGAACUCGAGGAGAUGGGAACUGCUUUUUCCGCAGUUUUAUGUUUUCAUACCUUGAGUAUGUUUUGGAAUCACAAGAUCGUGCUGAGGUUGAUCGUAUCAAAGGCAAUGUUGAAGAAUGUAGAAAGACACUUCAGAGCUUAGGUUAUGCGGACUUUACAUUUGAGGACUUUUUUGCGUUAUUCCUUGAGCAGCUGGACAGCGUACUUCAAGGAAAUGAAGAUUCCAUAAGUCAGGAUGAGUUAAUAAUAAGGAGUCGAGAUCAGUCAAUAUCUGACUAUGUUGUAAUGUUUUUCAGGUUUGUUACCUCUGGUGAAAUACGAAAGCGUUCAGAGUUUUUCGAACCUUUUAUUUUGGGAUUAACGAAUGCAACAGUUGAGCAGUUUUGCAAAUCAUCAGUGGAGCCAAUGGGUGAAGAGAGUGAUCAUGUGCACAUUACUGCCCUUUCAGAUGCAUUGGGUGUGCCAAUCCGUGUUGUGUACCUUGAUCGAAGCUCUUGUGACAAUGGUGGUGUCAGUGUAAACCAUCAUGAUUUUGUUCCUACUUCGGGUGAUCAUUCAAAUGCUACAAGUGGUAGCACUGAGCCUGUCAGUCCUUUUAUUACCUUACUAUAUCGUCCGGGUCACUAUGACAUUCUCUAUCCAAAAUGAUGCAUUUGCAUUUUCUGGUUGUUGACAAUGUCCUAAUCAGUGGUCCUUGUGGGAAAUGGAUCUUGCAGGAUGGCGUGUGGGGAAAUGCAUACUGGUGAUUCGGCUGUAACUCAUGGUUCUAAACUGGUUAUGUGCUUCUUUACCGUGUAGUGGGAUAUAAACACAAGGUUACCUAUGUGAAAUUGCAUCAGUGCAAAACGAACAGUUCAUUCUGCAAUGCUAAACAUUGAUUUUUUUU